AUGCCUUUUGUACAAUCAAAAAAUACUUCUUGUGCGACAUGUGGUCAAACAGCAGGUAUAUUUAUAUGUCGUGGUUGCUCACAAAAUUUUUGUAUGCGUCAUACAAAUGACCAUCGAGAAUUACUUGAAAAACAAAUGAAUCAAGUUUUUCUUUCACAUAAUCAAUUAAAACAAGAUAUGGUAGGACAAACAACAGAACACAAUUGUGAUAUAUUCCUACAACAGAUUGAACGAUGGGAACAACAAUCUAUUAAUAAAAUUCGUCAAGUAGCUAAUGAUACUCGACAACAAGUUUUAACUACUGUUCGACAACGUACCGAUAAUGUUAAAGAGAAACUUGCACUCCUAACAAAACAAUUAAGUGAAGCACGUGAAUAUGGAAACUAUUUUGAAAAUGAUAUAAGUGAAUGGACCGAAAAACUUCAAAAAUUAAAACGAACUUUUAUCGAACAACAAAAAAUUCAACUUCAUGAAGAUAGAAGUUCACCUGCAUUUAUAUCAAAAAUUUCUCUUGAUGAUAUGUCAAAUGAUAAUCCUACUGAAUCAUUUCCUAGAAGUGCAUAUCAGAGUAAAUAUCAAAGAUUUAUAAUAGAACGAAAUGAUGAUCCAUAUAAAACAGUCAAUAGUGACUAUUCAUCGGGUGUACAUUCAUUUCGAUUUAAAAUUAAAGAAUAUGGACCGAAUACUUCAGUAAUACUUGGUAUUAUAUCAAAAACUGUUUCUGAAGAUAUAGAUACAUAUAUAAAUCGAACAUUCUAUGGAUGGUCAGAGAAGAAUCUUGUUUAUUUAGGUGAUGACAUAAAAGCGAAUUAUAAUGGAUAUAGAACUGAUAUUCAAGCUGAUGAUAUAUUUAUGUUAAAUAUCGAUUGUGAUAGAGAAUCUAUUAGUUUAACAAAUGAAAGAACAGCUCGAACACAUGUUCUCGGUGUUGAUAUUAGAAAAUGCCCAUUUCCAUGGCAACCGAACGUUCGAUUUAUUGACAAUAAAGAAUAA